AUGCAACACACGAAGAAAUUAUACUCGUAUGGGGGACAAGCACAAUUGAAGACGUUGGGUACGUUCCACACCACCGUAGAACUAGAAAAUGGAAGGAAGCUAGACUCGACCAAGUUCUACGUCGUUGAUGUCAAGGCUACACCAAUAAUCGGAAAGAGCACUGCUAGGACGUUGGGCAUCCUGUGGACAGGACUCCCGCUACGAAACGUCUGCAGCAUAGAGGUCCCUUCCAUCGAAUCGCUAAGCAAAAAAUUUCCUAACGCGAUGCGCGAAGGAAUCGGGAAACUCCAUGAUUACUCCUUGAAAAUCGCUAUUGAUGAAAAAAUUCCACCGUUGGCACAGACUGGCAGAAGAAUACCGUUCCAGCUACAACCUUUGGUAAAGGAAAAACUGAGGGAGCUAAUAGAAAGCGAUAUAAUUGAGAAGGUCAACGAACCGGCGCGAUGGGUAUCCCCAGUAAUUUGUACAACAAAGAAAAACGAAGAACUACGCAUGUGUGUCGACAUGAGGGCAGCAACGAAGCCAUAA